AUGGCAUUACGAACAGAUGUUCUUACAGACCAAAUCCCAUUCACAGAAAAUGAGCUUAGAAUGAUCCUUAGGCCCAAAAAGUCCACUGCUCCUGGGCUCGAUGGUAUCACCUACGAUAUUAUUAUUAUUCUGGCAUCCUUAAAGGGAAAUCCAAUACUUCGUCUCUACAAUCUCAUAUGGACUGAUAAUGAGCUUUCAGGCGCUUGGAAGCAUGCCAUAAUUAUUCCCAUACCCAAGCCAGAAAGGAAUGAAGAAAUGAGGCCCAUCUCCCUAACAUCAUGCGUCUGCAAAGUAUUUGAAAGGAUGCUCCUUCAGCGACUGCAGUAUGCCAUCACACCACACCUCAGCAAGACCCUCUAUGGUUUUCUACCUGACAGGAGCACCCAGCACUGCAUUCAUCGAGUCAAGAGCAAUGUCCAUGCUAGGUAUACUGCAUUCAUUGACCUGAAGGGAGCCUUCGACAGAGCAAACCCUGUCUGUUGUGAUACUGGCAGAACUCAGUAA